AUGCCAUUUGCAGCUUGGGCCUUUUCGUGGCUCACGAUAGCGGGACUGAAGCGCACGAUUGUUGGCCAGGCGGUGGGUGGUGGCGCUUUAGAGUGGACAAGCCAGCAGCUCGAGGGGCCUUCCGUGGAGAAACAUCCUCGUUUAUCCCUACCCACCGCAUCUCCCCUCACUCUGCACGCAUUAAUGGCCGCACAAGUGAUGGCCACGCCAGGCGGCGAUCCUGCAAUCCCCUAUGUGUCACAGUGGGCCCCACAAGUGCCCAGUGCUCAAAGUAUACCCACACAUGACGUCAUCGGAAAGGCGAUCCUGGGUGGCACUGGGUCUUCACAGCUAGAUAUAGCUGGUGGUACACAACAAUCGCCGAACUCAGUGCUUCGUGUCAUCAUCGAGAAUAUGCUCUACCCAGUCACACUUGAUGUUCUGCAUGGGAUCUUCUCCCGUUUCGGCAAAGUCCUUCGAAUCAUCACUUUCAAUAAAAACAACACUUUCCAAGCCCUUGUCCAACUCAGUGAGGCCACAUCGGCACAAGUGGCUCGACAAGCCUUGGACAAUCAGAAUGUUUACAAUGGUUGCUGCACUCUUCGCAUCGAUUACAGCAAGCUGGCGACGCUAAAUGUCAAGUACAACAAUGACAAGAGCAGAGAUUACACGAAUCCGAAUCUUCCAUCCGGAGAGCUGACAUUAGAGCAACAGCUGAGCUUGGUGUCAGCCGCUUUACCACCCGGCUCCAUUGUCCCGUCGUUCGCUUUCCCGUUUGGCUCGGCUGCACCGACGGCUUUCAUCGCUCCACAACAAGCGGCUGCACUCACAACUGAAAGUCUGGCAGCAGCCAACUCAGUCUCUCCAUUCUUGAGCAGUCUCGGCGCCACGUCGGCGCUCGGUGUCAACGGUUUAACUCAAUCCGCGUUAACGAACGGAUUACGCUUUCCAAUGACUUUGCUGAACGUGACCAGCGUCGUCCUUGUGUCAAAUCUUGAUGAGAACAAGGCGACUCCAGAUGCUCUGUUCACUCUCUUCGGCGUCUACGGCGAUGUGCUACGGGUGAAAAUUUUGUUCAACAAAAAGGACAAUGCUUUAAUUCAAUUCUCCGAGCCACAACAAGCGCAGCUGGCAAUGCAACACCUUGACAAGAUCAAAUGGAACGACAAAGUGGUUCGAGUGGCCGCGUCCAAGCAUACGACUGUUCAAAUGCCAAAGGAAGGCCAACCUGACGCUGGCCUCACUCGAGACUAUGCCCACUCUCCCCUGCAUCGCUUCAAAAAGCCUGGCAGUAAAAACUAUAUGAAUAUCUAUCCACCAUCAUCGACUCUUCACCUCUCAAAUAUCCCACCCAACAUCACCGAAGAGUUUUUGGCGCAAGCUUUCGUCGAGAAUGGCUUUCAACCCAAAGCUUUCAAGUUUUUCCCAAAAGAUCACAAGAUGGCGUUGUUGCAGUUGGAUGACGUUGAGCAAUCGAUCGACGCGCUUAUCGCCAUGCACAAUUAUAAAUUGGCCGAAAACGCGCAUUUAAGAGUUUCCUUCUCGAAAUCGGGCAUA